UAACAUAAUCAGUGAUACAUCUUCGUGUCGUGUUAAAAAUAUGUAUAAUAUAUAACUGUUGCAAAUUGUUUUCAUUUUCACUGCCACAGAAGAUAUUAAAGCUAGAAAUAUAGACAUGGAUAAAUUUACACACUUUAUUCAGCUUUUGAUAGUGUUCGGAGGUCUAGUGCUUAUAGACGCACAAUAUCCGUAUCCACAGCCAGGUUAUGGACGAAGACGAAUCAUCCGUCCUAGGCUCGAUAUGUAUCCAAGAUACCCAGUGGAUCCCUAUUCCUACCCUCGUCGUUCUGUGCUGGGACGGACUAUUAUAAGAGAUCCUUUCAAUGAUGGUGUAGGAGGAGUAGGACGCCCAGCUAUUGUAGAUACCAGGUCUCGUGUUGAUGAUCAAACUUUAAAUGUAGUUAACAACAACAACAAUGAAAACAUUCAACAAGAUUCAAAUAACGUCGUGGUGAAUCAAUCAUCCGGACGUUCUACAUGCACAGAUAAUUGCUACACUAACCUAUGCCCGCAAUACUACACAUGUGUUGAUGAUUCUUCUUGCACAGGAGGAAUGUGCCAACCUGCAGUAUUAAUGGGACAAGGAGGAUUAAUGGGACGAGGAGGAAUAAUGGGACAAGGAGGAUUUAUGGGACAAGGAGGAAUAAUGGGACAAGGAGGAUUAAUUGGACAAGGACAUUUACAUUAAUUUUUAAACAUGUUUAUUUCGUCUCUUAUUCCACAAGAACAAUGGGUGUCCACACGCUAGUAUUAUUAUAUACUAAAUGAAAAGAUGACAAAUGACGAACUUGAAAUUUCAUUUGUCUGUCUGUAGGAGGUUACAGCUAAGAUAGUUCCAUAUACUUUUCGAUGAUAUUUAUAUUUAUUAAAGCUAUAUGCUGUGCUGUGGACUAUUGAAAUAUUAGAGAGAAAUAUAUCUGUUUACAUACUGGUUGGAACUACACUUGAAUGUUGACGAAUUGGAAUUACAAAUAAUCGGUAAUUCUGGUAGUUUACAACAAAUAUAAUCGAUAAAGGCAAAGACGUAUUCCAUUACUGCAAGAACAUAAAAAGGGACGCACCAACUUAAUAUAAUAGCAUUCAAUAAAUAUUGUAUAUAUUUUCACAAUAAACACUGUGACAUCAUAGUUUUUGCGCUGACGUCAUGGUGUUGUGCGUGUACACUAUGUGUAAUAUUGAUAUGUUAAUUUCUACUCCUCAUACUCGGGUGAGACAUCAAUGGUAAAGAAUAUGCUGAUAGCACUACUUGUACUACUACCAAUAUUUCUAAGUUAUUUACAACAAAUAAAUAUUCUCUACUUCCAAAGGAUCUUUUUACAAAUUUUAUUGACUGCUGUAAAGACCACGUGGAUAGAUAUUGCGAUAAAGUAUAUUUGAUCUCUGGUAUACACGUUUUUGGUCGAUUAAAAAAUACUUGCGAAAUCAUAAACAAGUUUGAAAAAAAAUAAUUAUAAAGGUUUUUGAGUCAGUUCAUGUGAUUUCUCUAUUUGUAUACCAUUUUACCACAUGAUAAUAAUAAAUGACAAAUUAACUUACUUUUAUUCAAAAAACCUUUGCCAAGCGGAAUGCUACAUUUCUUGCCUGCAGUUUCAAUAAAACAUGAGAACUAGUCACGAAAUUUUUAAAGAGCUUUCCUUUUUUAUUGAACAACAUUUAGUAUUCCCAUGGAAACAAUUGCAGUCCUUGUCGCAUAUUUGUUUUAUAACGUGUCGAAAGAGAUUUUAUGUUUAGCCUUUCUCCAGAUAUUCAGGCUACCAUUAUACAUUGCAACUGCAUGUAACGAUACAUCCUUCUAUCUUGACGAUAUUCUUGAUAUGGACAAUCCGUUUUAUAUUCAAUUGGUGGAUUUCCUCAGGAGCUCAAAUGAAAUAAAACUAACAAUUCGGAUACUACUGCUUCAGUUUUAUAUUUACAUCUCUCUACUCAUGACACUUUAUACAUACCUAAAUUGAUGACAAGAGGGAUUUUAAUUUUAGCAUUGUAAUUUUCCCCUAUUUCGAAGGAGGUGUUUCACAGGCAACAUCUCAUGGGAUGGAUAUAUCUGAAUUUGUCCGGCUUGCCGGAACGAAUUUUCAAUGAAGCAUUCUUUUCAUUACAAAACAAAUGUCUUCAUCAACGUUAUAAAAAUUACGUACAUAUUUGCUCAUAUAUAUUAUCUGAUUAAGAUCUGGUUUUUAUAUUUAAUAGUAACUUAAAGACAUUUUUGCGGGAAGGUAUAUAUUAAACCCCGAUUUUUAUGGGGAUGUUGUUUACAAACUUCAUAAGUGUUUGGGUGUUUGUAUAUUUCUAACUGUAGUCGGUUAAGUCAUACAACGUUUUAUUGAAAAUGUUAUGACCCAACUGUUUCGAGAACCACUUCAUGUUUAAAGUUCAACUCUUUUUACAGCUGUACACUACGCUUUCCUCUUUGAUUGAGUCUGUCCAAACAGGCGGAAGACUCUAUGAUGGGCAACUUUAAAUCCCAUCGGGACUGAUAGUUGUGGCGCAGUGUAUUCUUGUGGAUUUUUCCCUUUGCUUUGAAAAUUCAUGAUUUUUAUGAAAGAUUUUGUGUUGGCCAUCAGUAUGGUUGCCAUCUUGAAUUUUGUUAAAAAUGGAUGCCGUAUUUCAUUAAGUACACCGUCAAUUCAAUGCAGCCUUCAAAUAAACACGAGCCUCGGUCUCCGAGUUGAUAAGGUAGCUAACUUUGAAUCACGCUUUCACCGAUGAGGGUUCGAGCAUCGAUUGUUGUGUUGAAUUCUUCAUGUUAGAAAACCAUCCAGCUGGCUCACGGAUGGUCGAUGGUUCAACCCAGGUGCCCGCCAGUAAUGAAAUAAUGCAAGAAGGAGGACCUGGGGUCUUCCUCCACCAGCAAAAGCAGGAAUGACGCCAUAUGAUCUUUCAUUGUGUCCAUGUGACGGCAAGCCCAACAAAAAAGCAACAAAUCAAAUAACCUGUUUUUCCAACCCUCUCAACAGGUUUUCUAAACGCUAAAACAGGAAGUCUGACAGUGUCAUAAAUUUGGAGACAGUUGUAGAUUAUGUUGUAUGUGGCAACUUGAAAGAACAUAAUUUUUCCUUGUCGACCUGCGCUUAAUAAGUUGCAUUUCACAAUAGACAGAAUUAAAGACGUAUGAACUCACAUUAGCAUGGAGGUUAUUCGUAAUGAAUAUGAUUGAGUCCGAGAUGGCAGCACCCUAGUGGUAAUCGGAUUCGUUUGACAUUUCCCGUGUCCAUUACCUACUCAGUCAAGUGUGAACUGUCAACCAUAUGUGUUCCUUCUCUUAAGAAGAAACAAUUAUUAUAUAUUAAUUUGACUUAUCAUAUAUGCUGUUUGCAAGUUAAACUUUGUUUUGAAACACUAAAUUUCUCAAAUAGAAAUGAUAAUAAGAACUGCGAAAUGACAUAAUUUUAAUGUAUAGUUCUAAGUAUACCUAGCUCCCCUCUCCCCAUUGGAGAACUGAAGCAUCUCUAAUUGUUUUAUUUCAUUGUUUAAACUAUUUAGUGAUUUGACCGGAAUGCCAUUGUUUUCUUUUGUUACAUUUGUAAAUAUGUUAAAACCAUAUUGCUUAUACCUGGGUGAAUUAAAAGUUUUGUUCUGUU